AUGCUAGAAGCAGCUGUAAAGCGAUUCUUAUUUUACUUGGAGCCUUACAGAACUAGAGGUGUUGGGUCUAAUGAUGAUAAGAUUGCCAUUCCACAUAACAUCUGCACUUUCCCUAAGCUUUUAUUGUUGGAAUUGGUGUUCUCGAAAGGUACACAAAAGCAUUCACAAAAUCACAACCAAUAUUUCUCAAAAACCAAACACCCACCAAGAAAUUAAAACCCAGAAACUUGGAGAAAGAUGAGAAUGAUGGUCAUAUAAAAAAUCAUCGAUAUGUAGAGCUAGGGUUGUGAGGUGGAGAAGACUUGGAUUUCAACGGAGGGUCGUCGGUUGCGGAUUGUUAGUACGUCGACACUAGAAACGCAGGAAGGCAGCGAUUCCAUUCAAGCAUAUGAUGGUGGUGGUUGCGAUUUAAGUGAAAGGCAAACAGCGAUUGGUAAUCGUGGGUGGAAGACAGGUUUCAAUGGAAGCGGGAUCUAGGGUUGAACUUGAACACAUUCUCGAUCUCUUUUGUCUCUUGUCGGAUAUCUCAUCUUCACCUAGGUCUAGAUGUUGUUAAUAUUUAAUUAAUUUUAAUUAAUCUUAUACUAAUAAUCAUUGUCAUCAAUAGUCAUUAUAUAUUUAGUUUCGAUGGGUAUAAAAAUUUAGGUAAUUUAAACCUCCAAAAGGGUUGAUUUAGCAC